UCCCCUCCCUCUCCCCGUUCCCGUCCUCCCCCCUCACGGCCGCUCUGUCCAAUCAGCGCUCCCGUUGCUGGCAGGUGCGCAGUGUUUUUGUUUUGGGUCGAAGUUGAGCGGACGCGGCGGCGGCGCCGGGCGGAGGCCGCGGCUCCGGCACCCGCGAUCGCCCCGGGCCCCGCGCCCCCCGCCGCCCCCGCGCCGGCCCCGCCAUGCGCAGGGAGAUGAACGGGGUCACUAAGAGCCGCUUUGAGAUGUUCUCAAACAACGAUGAAGCUGCAAUCAACAAAAAACUGCCCAAAGAGCUGCUGCUUCGAAUUUUCUCUUUCCUGGAUGUGGUCACUCUGUGUCGUUGUGCUCAAGUUUCCAGGGCAUGGAAUGUUCUGGCCCUGGAUGGCAGUAACUGGCAGCGAAUUGACCUGUUUGAUUUCCAGAGGGAUAUCGAGGGCCGGGUGGUUGAGAACAUCUCCAAGAGGUGCGGGGGAUUCCUGCGCAAGCUGAGCCUGCGCGGCUGCCAGGGCGUGGGGGACAACGCACUGAGGACCUUUGCCCAGAACUGCAGGAACAUCGAAGUGUUGAACCUCAAUGGCUGCACCAAGAUCACGGACGCCACCUGCACCAGCCUCAGCAAGUUCUGCUCCAAACUCAGGCACCUGGAUUUGGCUUCUUGCACCUCCAUCACCAACCUGUCCCUGAAAGCACUCAGCGAGGGAUGCCCGCUGCUGGAACAGCUCAUCAUCUCCUGGUGUGACCAAGUGACCAAGGACGGGAUCCAGGCGCUGGUGCGGGGCUGCGGGGGGCUCCGGGCCCUGUCCCUCAAGGGCUGCACCCAGCUGGAGGACGAGGCCCUCAAGUUCAUUGGUGCCCACUGUCCUGAGCUGGUGACCCUGAACCUGCAGACCUGCCUGCAAAUCACAGACGAUGGGCUCAUCACCAUCUGCAGGGGCUGCCACAAGCUGCAGUCCCUGUGUGCUUCUGGCUGCUCCAACAUCACCGACGCCAUCCUCAACGCCCUGGGACAGAACUGCCCGCGCCUCCGAAUAUUGGAGGUGGCGCGGUGUUCGCAGCUGACCGACGUGGGCUUCACCACCCUGGCCAGGAAUUGCCAUGAGCUUGAAAAAAUGGAUCUGGAAGAGUGUGUCCAGAUUACAGACAGCACACUAAUCCAGCUUUCCAUACACUGUCCACGGCUGCAGGUCCUGAGUUUAUCCCACUGCGAGCUGAUCACGGACGAUGGCAUCCGUCACCUGGGCAACGGCGCCUGCGCCCACGACCGGCUGGAGGUGAUCGAGCUGGACAACUGCCCCCUGAUCACCGACGCCUCCCUGGAGCACCUCAAGAGCUGCCACAGCCUCGAGAGGAUAGAACUGUACGACUGCCAGCAGAUCACGCGGGCCGGGAUCAAGAGACUCAGGACCCACCUGCCCAACAUCAAAGUCCACGCCUACUUCGCCCCGGUGACCCCGCCGCCGUCGGUGGGCGGCAGCCGGCAGCGCUUCUGCAGAUGCUGCAUCAUCCUAUGACCCUGGAGCCCCCUGCCGGCCCCCGGAGGAAAAGCGCCCCCAGCGCCGUUCAGGGCUGGGCUGCCGCCCACGCACCCCCGGGAUCCCGGCGGGAUGGGGGAGCCGGGCCCGGUGCUGCGGGGAUGGGGAGGGCGCCCGGGCUGCAGGGACUGAGCGGGGAAAGGAGCCGGGAGAUGCCUGGGGAGAGGGGAGAGGAGAGGAACACGCUGGAAAAUCAUAACACGAGGGAAAACCCCAGCAAACGUGGAAACUCAAAAUCUAAAAAACCCAACAAAUCUGAGAACCACAACAAAACUGAGAGCCACAACAAAACCUGGAAACCCAAACAAAACAUGAAAACUUAAACAAAACCUGGAAACCCAAACAAAACC